AUGCCAAGAAGAAGCUCCAAACGCAGUCUUGAAGUCAUUGACAAUGACGACGAAGAAGAGUAUGAAACCACUAGCACCAAUAACCACAAACGAGGAGGCGGCAGCAAUCAUAACUUUACCUUGUCCCAACAAGUCCCCGAAGCUUCUCAAGGAAUUCCCAACGAGAAACCUUCCGAACGUAACAAUUUGGAAAAGAUGGACAAGGUGGCCAGAGCAAAGGCAGUCACUGAUCUAUCGAGACUCAUCUUGUUCAAGGGCCUCGAGAAGGAACCCAUUGAUCGACUCAAAAUCAUCAAGGAGGCGGGAUUGAAUUCCAUGAGAGCGUCCGGGGCCAUUUUCAGUGAGGCCAGCGAGCGUUUGAGGAACAUCUUUGGCAUGGAACUCCGACGCAUUCCCAAAUACAUGGAAGAGCGAAAGAGCACUCCGGCCAAAUGCAAGGAUCGCUAUUAUUUGCAAAACAUUGCGUCCGACUAUGACGGCUCCCACAGCCGCGAGAUUCACAGCAUUCACCAAGGAUCCAAGAUUGAAAAUGGAUUGGUCUUGCUCGUGAAUGCGCUCAUUUUUUGCAAGGGGGAAUCUCGAUCGGAUGGUUCGCGAUGGAUCCUCGGCAGGGAUCUUUACAGAUUGCUCCACAGUGUGGACGAUGCCGUACCUGGUGAACCACCCGCUCAAGGGUCCUCCCGAGCCAAGAGUCAUAGUAAAUGCAGCCGAUUUCAGCAAAACAGCUUGACGCCCAAUUUGGACGCCUUGAUGGAACAGUUCAUUGCCUGGGAUUAUUUCAUCAAGGAACGGGCCACGGAAGAUAACUUUGCUUCCCAAUCGGUCGAAGAUGGCGACUUCAUCUAUACGAUGGGGCCUCGAUCGGCCAUUGAAAUUGGUCGCAAACAAAUCAUUUACUUUUGUGCCGAAAUUUUGGACGAAGAACCGGAUCCAACCAUGCUGAAGGAAGUAGAAGAAGAUACUAUGGAAGAAGAAGCUCUUGAUGAAGUCUUUAUGGAAGAGGCAUAG